AGAUCUCAAUGGCGGAUUCCGAUCACUCCCUCUUCCGCUUCCUUUAUUCCCUGUUCUCCAAACCCUAACCCUAACCCUAACGGUAAACCUAGAUGGCCGGAGAGAGGAGGUGGCGCCGCCGCCCCCCUCCUCCUCCUCCGGCUUCCUCCUCCGGCGGCGGCGCCGGAGGGUACUCGAGGGUGGUGCACUGCAACGACGCCGCGGCGGCGGCGGCGGGGGCGGCUAGGGUGGUGUAUAGGGGGAACGAGGUGGCGACGACCAAAUACACGGUGGCGAAUUUCGUGCCCAAGUCGCUGUUCGAGCAGUUCCGGCGCGCGGCGAACGUCUUCUUCCUCGCCGUGGCGUGCGUCUCCUUCAGCCCCCUCGCGCCCUACCGCGCCGUGAGCAUCCUCCUCCCCCUCGUCGUCGUCGUCGGGGCCACCAUGGCCAAGGAGGCCGUCGAGGAUUGGCGCCGCAAGCAGCAGGAUAUAGAGGUCAAUAAUCGGAAGGUUAAAGUGUACAACGAGGCGAAUUCUUUCCAUGAAACUGAGUGGAAAAGGCUUCGUGUUGGAGAUGUAGUUAAAGUUGAGAAGGAUGAGUUCUUCCCCGCAGAUCUCCUUUUACUUUCGUCGAGCUACGAAGAUGGAAUUUGCUAUGUCGAGACCAUGAAUCUCGACGGAGAGACAAACUUGAAGCGGAAACAGUCGUUACAGAUCACAUCAUCUUUAACCAAUGACCAAUCUUUCCAGAAAUUCAAGGCAUUGAUCAAGUGCGAGGAUCCAAAUGACAAAUUGUAUUCUUUUAUUGGGACAAUGUAUUUUAAUGGCGUCCAGUAUCCUCUAUCUCCUCAACAGAUUCUAUUGAGAGAUUCUAAACUCCGAAACACUCAAUAUGUCUAUGGUAUAGUGAUAUUCACAGGACAUGAUACGAAGGUCAUGCAGAACGCAAUGGAUCCACCUUCAAAGAGGAGCAAUGUCGAGAGGAGAAUGGAUAAAAUAAUUUAUCUCCUUUUUACGAUUUUAGUUGUUAUUGCAUCGAUUGGUUCCAUCUUCUUUGGAAUCAAAACGAAGGGAGAAAUGAGCGAAGGAAACUAUAUGUGGUAUUUGCGGCCGGAUAAAUCAUCGAUUUUCUUCGAUCCUAGGAGAGCUGGGUUGGCAGCUUUUUGUCACUUUCUUACAAGUCUCAUGUUGUAUGGUUGCUUGAUCCCUAUCUCAUUGUAUAUAUCUAUAGAAAUUGUUAAAGUUUUGCAAAGUACAUUCAUAAAUCAAGACCAGAAAAUGUACUGCGAGGAGUCGGAUAAGCCUGCCAGGGCUCGCACAUCAAAUUUGAAUGAGGAACUUGGUCAGGUGCAUACCAUACUAUCGGAUAAAACGGGUACACUGACUUGCAAUUCCAUGGAGUUUGUGAAAUGUUCCAUUGGUGGUGUUGCUUAUGGUAGCGGAUCGACUGAAGCAGAGAAAAGUUAUCGGAAAGAUAAAGAGAUUAACUACUUUGAGCUUAAACCUCUGUCUUCUGGAUUUAAUGGGUACGAGAGAUUAGUUAAAGGAUUUAACUUCUAUGACGAUCGUUUGAUGAAUGGACAAUGGGUUAAGGAGCCUCAUUCAGAAACUGUACAGAUGUUCUUCCGUGUUCUAGCUAUUUGUCAUACUGCCAUUCCUGUUGUAGAGAGCAAAUCUGUGUCUUAUGAAGCCGAGUCCCCAGAUGAAGCAGCUUUUGUUACGACUGCAAGAGAACUUGGUUUUGAGUUCUUUCAAAGAACACAGAUGAGCAUCUCAUUGCAUGAAUUCGAUCUGAAGAUUGGCAGAAAGGUUAUUAGGACAUACAAACUUCUUAACAUCUUAGAAUUUAGUAGUGCUCGCAAGAGAAUGUCUGUCAUUGUGAGGACUGAGGAGGAUGAGCUAUUGCUUUUCUGCAAAGGAGCCGAUGGUGUAAUCUUUGAAAAGCUUUCCAAGGAUGGACAAGUGUUUGAGGCUGAGACUAAAUGCCACAUAAAUGAGUACUCUGAGGCAGGUCUUCGAACCUUGGCAGUAGCAUAUCGCAAGCUCACAGAGGAAGAAUAUAGGAUUUGGAAUGAGGAAUUCUUAGCUGCCAAAAGCUCUGUCAAUGCAGAUCAUGACAUGAUUGUGGAUGAAGCGGCUGAAAAAAUUGAGAAAGAUUUGAUUCUAUUAGGUGCUACAGGAGUGGAGGAUAGAUUACAGAAAGGGGUCCCUGAGUGUAUUAACAAGCUUGCAGAAGCUGGAAUUAAGAUCUGGAUUCUAACUGGUGAUAAAUUGGAAACAGCAGUCAAUAUAGGGUUUGCAUGCCAUUUACUGAGGAAAGAAAUGAAGAAUAUUGUCAUCAAGCUCGAUACACCAGAAAUUAGUGUUUUGAAGGAUGGAGAUAAGGAAGCCAUCAAAAUGGCUAUAAAUGAAAGAAUCGCCAAUCAAAUACGUGAAGCUCAAUCACAAGUUUCUUCAUCAAAAGGAAGUUCUGUAUCCUUCGCUCUUAUUAUUGAUGGCAAUUCGCUAGCUUAUGCUCUCUCGAGUGGUCUAGAGAACUCAUUUUUGGAUUUAGCAGUUGAUUGUGCAUCAGUUAUUUGUUGUCGAAUUUCACCUAAACAAAAGGCACUGGUUACUAGAUUGGUCAAAAGGAGGACUAGAAAAACUACACUAGCAAUUGGUGAUGGAGCUAAUGAUGUUGGUAUGCUUCAAGAGGCCGAUAUUGGUGUCGGAAUCAGUGGUGUUGAGGGAAUGCAGGCAGUGAUGUCUAGUGAUUUUGCAAUAGCCCAAUUUCGCUUUUUGGAGCGUUUGCUCCUGGUGCAUGGGCAUUGGUGUUAUAGGAGGAUUGCGGCCAUGAUAUGUUACUUUUUCUACAAGAACCUCGCAUUUGGCUUUACCCUCUUCUGGUUCGAGGCUCAUGCUCUCUUCUCAGCACAACCUGCUUACAAUGACUGGUACAUAUCUUUCUACAAUGUCGCCUUCACUUCCCUUCCGGUGAUGGCUCUCGGUGUGUUCGAUAAGGACGUCUCAUCCGCUAUUUGCCUCAAGUUCCCUUCAUUACACCAAGACGGCAUACGGAACAUCUUCUUCAGCUGGCCCCGCAUACUAGGCUGGAUGCUGAACGGAAUAAUCACCGCGACGAUAAUAUACUACUUCACCACGAACGCCAUCCUCGACCAGGCGUUCCGCAGCGACGGGCGUGUCGCUGGGUCUGAACUCCUCGGCGCGACCAUGUACACAUGCGUAGUGUGGGCCGUGAAUUGCCAGCUGGCGCUCUACCUAAGCUACUUCACCUGGAUUCAGCACUUACUCAUCUGGGGCAGCAUCUUUUUCUGGUAUAUAUUCCUGGUUAUCUACGGCUUUUUCCCGCCCACCAUAUCCACGACCGCCUACCGUGUUUUCUUGGAAGCCUGUGUUUCGAGCCCGCUUUACUGGCUGUCUUCUCUAUUCAUCGUUGUCGCUGCCUUGCUGCCCUAUUUUUCGUACCUGACGUUCCAGACGAUGUUUUUCCCGAAGUAUCAUCACUCAAUCCAGCGAGCAAAAACCGGGGAUUCGUGAUGCGGUACAGCUACUCCGCAUUCGAGAUUUUGCGCAACAAAUUACACAUUACUGUUCAUAUCGUUUGUAUACCGUAAACCCCCUCACUGUAAUGUAUAGCGCGGAAUAAUCGGUGAAUCGAAGCAAUGAAGGGAUACAGAGAAUCGAGGUUAAAAUACAUAGAAUGAGAAGUGUGGAAUCACAUCCUUUGUGCUAUUCUUUGAGUUUUCUGAGGGUCAGGUGUUGGGAGAAUAUACUGCACCAAUCUUAUAGCAAGUACUUCAUAGAUCUGAUAAAGCAAGGUUUUAUUUGAGUUAAUGGGGAGCUUUUUUCUUGCGGAAAUUGUUGUUGAAACAACUCUUUAAGGAUUAUGCAAAUAUAUAUUUAUGUAAUAUGUGGGAUAAUUAUCUAUAUAGUAUAUACCGCUCAAAAUUUGUGAAAUA